GCUCGGUGGGACGGUGCGUGAUGUCGUUCCCGGUGGUGACUGUCGCGCUCGCAAGCCUCCUCGCCGCGUGCUCAGGCACAAAUAUAACGGAGAGGCUGCUUAAGGAACGAAGUCACAAGGCACUUGGUUCCAGUCUACCAGCAGACUGCCUGUACGGCGGUCGUUGGUUUAGCGACGGAGGGGAAGUAGACACAAGAGAAGCUUGUCUUCAAUGUAUCUGUAGCAGUGGAGCCCUGACCUGCCGGAGAAGAGCAUGUGCCCCACUACCGGAUCCACCUCCUAGGAAGUGUCACGCAAUCUACAGGAAAGGCAGCUGCUGCCCAGAACUUCAGUGCCCUGAUGGUGUCGCGAUAGAUCACAGUGGGGCAGCAAGAUCCGAAGACAACCUCAAAGAGGAUUUCCUUCCACCUACCAAUGUGUUUCCAGCUUGCGUGGAAGGUGGUACCGUAUAUGCAGCAGGAUCAGCCCUACGUCCGACAGCAGCCUGCGAAUCUUGCUUCUGCCUUCAGGCUGAACGUCGCUGUCUCCGGCCUAAGUGUCUCCCACCGCCCCCGGGUUGUAAGCCUCAACCCGCUUCUGGGGCUUGUUGUCCUCAAAGAUAUUACUGCCAGCAUGCGGAUUCACCACAUCAAAAUAGUACGCGCGACUGCCAAGUAAAAGGUACGUGGGUACCUGAAGGACAAAGAGUACAAAAAUCGGAAGAAAGUAGUUGUUCCCAGUGUUUUUGUCUGCGUGGUGCCGUUCGGUGCCAUACGGUCCAGUGUGCUCCACCGCUGAGGGGUUGCACUCCUUUUAUGGUCCCAGGGGAGUGCUGUCCACGACAUUACCACUGUGAGCACGGGCAAGAACAUCGUAUUGUUACAUAUUCAUACAAAGCACCUAACAGCCUGCUGGGAUCCAGUGAUAAUGAAGAUCGUUCAUUCCACGACAUGAAGACAAUAGGGCUUGAAAGCACAACCGGUAGCAUUAUCACUAAAAUAAAUACACCGUCAACGGUAAUUACAAAUGACCUAGUUGCCACAACUAAAGUGAAAAGGAAAACUGAAGAAAUAUCAAAUCUGCAAAGUGCUAAACCUGUUAAUAGCACGUCAACUGUAAUCCCAGAAAAAGUGACAACCACAGACCAAAUGCAGACUGACGUUACUACUGAAAAAGCCGUAGAACAAUCCGAAGGCACUGUGAAAAUCAUGGUUAAUGGUACAAUUAAUUGUACAGCUGAAUUGUCAUCCACAAAAAUACCAUAUAAUACAACUUUAAAUGAAACUAAUAUUUUCGAUGUACAGCCGAGAAUACCCAUAGUUAAUACUGAUGACUUUGAAGCGCAGACCUAUCCUCCAAAUGACAUCAUCACUGAUAGAACCCUGGGUUUUGACGAAAGCGAAACAUUCACUAUAAAUGUUACUAGUUCGCUGGUGACGAAUACAAGUCAAACCAAGCCUCCAAUUGUGUCUGCAUCUAAGCCAAUCCCAAAUAACAUGGUUGACGCUGCGAAUACUUCUAAGAAGACCAAAGGAGAUUAUGACUACGAUUAUACAGAGCCAACUUUACCACCAUCCCUACCUAAUUUAAAAAUAAUACCCUUCGUAGCAGCAGAUGCCGUGGUGGAUGAUGAAACUUCUAAAGCAACCUUAACGUAUCCAAUUUUAGAAAGAGAAGAUAAGUUUCCUGUUUAUUACCCAACAAGUGACACCAAAGACACUUUAUUUGCUACAAGAAGAGAAGAUGUCUAUCCUCCGAAAUAUCCUGUGUUUAUAUCCAACAAAGGAGCAGAGUACCCUAGUUUGUUACCCGAAAUCAACUUAUCAAAUUCUGCAUUUGGGAGCAGCAGUAAUGACCUCGAAUAUACUGUACCGACUGCCCUGGACGAUCAGGCUAAUGUGCCUAAAGUCAUGACGGCCAAACCUUCAAGUGAACCUUCCAAAUACGAAGUGGAAACUCCUGCUAUCAGUUUGUUUUCGCCACCCGCAGAAACUGAAGGGGGAUUUGUACCGAAAGAUCCUGAAGAUAUCGACAAGUACUACGCAGUGUAUCCUAGUCCAGCGCCGGGGCCGUCCAUUCCACAUUUGACCACCUCGAUGCAAUUAGAUGUUGCCAAAGGUAAAAUUGUAAAUAAACCAGGUCACGAAUCAUUAAUGUGUUCUAGCUUAAGGAAGCUGAGGCCUUAUGUUUCUAAAUUGGCAGUUGUAUCUGUGGAUUCUUGUUAUUGUGCUUGCAUUCUGUACUCGACUCUCUAA